AUGAUCGCAGUUCAGUUUUCCCCACCUUCUUUGUCAGCUUUUCCCGUUUUAGCUCCCCAUCUUCUACCAUCUACCAUGCCGACCUCUCAGCAGGUCAUCAAUGGACAACAACCAUCAGCAUUUAAUGCUCUUGGUUCAUAUGCCGAUAGAAUCAAAGAUAUCAAUGGCAAUCCCACCAAACUUACAGCUGUUCCCGGACCAUCCUCUAGUAAUACCACCAAAAUUAAUACGUCAAAAACUUCCUCGCCUGCUCCAUCAACAGCUCCAUCAUCAUCGUCUUCAACGGUGAAAGCACGUGAACCAAAAUCAACAUCUACGCAGACAUCGGUUCCAAAGCCAAGUCAAUCGCAAGUGCAGGAACAUGACGAACAAUGGGAAACGGUAAAAUCCAGCAGACAACGUAUCAAGCAACAGGAAGAAAAGGAGAAACAUGGUAGUAACUCGAAAAAUUGGAGAGACAGAUCACAUCGUGAAGGUGCCAAGCAGAAAAAUGGUGAUGAUACCGAAAAGAAGAGUAGUCAUGGCCAUGGCAAAUCAAGUAAAAAAAGUGGAACUCACACAACUCUUUCAAACCCUACUCCAGCUAUCGUCGAAAACAACGAUAAACCAGCUUCAACAACUUCAGCUCCCACCAAACCCGCUUGGACCGCCUUGACUCAACCUACUCAAACUACAUCAACGCCCAAAGAUGAUGUCCCAAAUCAAUCCGAGACUGCUAAAGACACCACUCAGCAGGGUAGUACGGUACCUUCGUCCCCUUCACUGAAUGGUACAACUGUGACUGCCAAUUCUGCUUCUGUACCGCCAUCUAUAGGUUCACCACAUCUAUCAUCCGAAACAGCCUCAACGUCAACUGCAUCUACUAGUGUUCUUUCAAAGGCUGUCGACAAACUUGAGGAAGAUGGAAGUUGGCGAGCUAGAACCAAAUCCAAUGUGGAAGAACGGGCACAACCUGCUCCUGCUCCUACAACCGCUCAACCCGUGCAAGCUGCUCCUCCUCCUUCAGUAAAUGCAUGGGAGUUGAGGAAAAAACUAAUAACGCCUGUCGCUCAUUCAUCAACAAGUGGUGCACCAAGUCAAGCGAAACAAUUGUCAAGUGGUCCCGCCAAGGACUCGACUCAAAGACCAGUGCUUAAUGGUCAUGCGAAAGAAGAAGCUAGUAGCAAAAGCAAGAAAAAGACAUCUGCUCGUGCUGUCUCGUCUGCAGCACUCCCAUCUAUCAACGAUGCCACCCUAUGGCCAGAUGUGAGUCAAGCCGCUGUGGUUGUAAAAGUGACCGAAGACAAAAGGGAGAAGCCUAAAGAGAAAUCUGGUCAAGAAGAUGCCAGUGUCACGGAAGAUGGUGCAACUGGUACAAGCAAUAGUAAAAAACCAAAGUGGACCCCAAUCCCAGCUUCUGAGCUGCUGGCAGCUGUCGAUCAAGCCGCAGAUGCGACUCGUAGACAAAAUCGUGCUGAGGUCAAUGCGAAGAAGAGAGCGGAAGCCUCAAAAGGUGAGGGUGAACCUUUAGCAGCAGGAACAAAGGGCGGAAGAUCUAAAAAGGGUGUCGUGAUUCCUAGUGAAGGGAAGAAGGGUGGAGUCAAAGCUGGAAUUGCUGGUUCGACAACUGAAGCGAAAGCUCCCUCGAUACAGACUAGUUCACAGGGUGUUCAGAAUGCAAUACAGGCGAACGGAGAACCGGUGUCGAACGAACUUGUCAGGGAAAACGAUACUGUUGGAGUCCAGAAGGGAGAGAAGAAUGACGAAAAUUCCGCUGUUCCCUCUUCACAAACUACCGGCGAGACUAAAGUUGUCUCACCUCGAAAAGAUGACGCACAGUUGUCAUCGCCUAAUGGUACUGCUCCCAACAUGCGACUUGGUAGUGGUCCAUUACAAUCUCGUCCUAUGACAGGAAGCAGUACCGCACCUCUUCCUCAACACGCCUUCAACCCUGCAAACAAUCACAACCUUCCCCGAGUCCCCCGAGGACGAGAUGCAAGGGGCUCAUUCAACGGUAGAGGAAGAGGUGGAUUCAGAAGCAACUCUGCCAUGGUACACAAAGCUCAUGGGUUUGGUUCACCACCUCUAGGAGGAGCUUCAGGACUUCCAAUAGAUGGAUUCGCAAAUGGAAAUGGUCUCCAAAGAGGAUUUGGAGGAUUCCAAAGCUUCUACCCCGUUCAAGGAUAUGGUCAGGUCCAAGCUGGAGCAGGAAUAUAUGAUCCUACACAAGCUCAAUAUGGAGCAGUCUAUAGAGCUGGAUUACCGCCUCCCCCAAUGCCUCAGACUGUAGUGCCUAAUCUUGACGCUACAAGAUUUUACGUCCUUGGUCAGGUCGAGUAUUACUUCAGUAUGCAAAAUCUUGCUAUGGACUUCUUCCUACGACAGCAGAUGGACUCGGAAGGAUGGAUCGAUAUUGCGAUGAUCGCAUCCUUCAACCGAUUGAAAUCACUUACACCAGAGGUGUCAAUCGUCAAAGAAUGUAUGAUGCUUUCGGCUUUACUUGAAGUAAAAGAAGAAAGUGUUCGAUUGGCAGGUACAGAUGCACAAAGAUGGGUUUUACCAGAUGCCAAAUCGAGUAAAUUCUCACCUGAUCCUACAUCACCUUCUCAGGAUACGGAAGAAAGUAAAGAAGGUUCAACGUCGUUAGAUCAAUCUCUAGGAAAUGAAGAUGGAUCCGUCAUACUGAAUCAAUUAGCAACAAAUUUACCUAGAAAUGCAGCGACAGUCGCUGCUGAUGUCGAAAAUGCCUUGAUGAAAAGCAGUAACCCCGUGUCAACGGUACCGGUAACGAAUGGUGAUGAAGUAGACAAGCAAGAGGAUGUAAACCCCACUGAUGGAAUGACAGUAGAAGAGGAGGCCAAAGUGGAAAAAGUGGAAGAGAAUGUAAUGGUUGAGCAAGAGAAGAAAGAGGUUGAAGCCUAA